AUGAAUGGUCUUGUGGUUUAUUUUCUCUUAAUCGCUGUGCUAGUAUUAUUAGUGGUUAUUUUUGUUUACUUGGCUUUUUAUUUGCCCCAAUCUAAAUCCCAAGAAAUCAGUUCUCUGGAAGAAAAAAUCCAACUUCGUUUGGAUAACUUGGUUAAUCACCAAAAAGAAUCGGGUCAACAACAAGAAAAACUAUUACAACUUCGUUGGGAACAAUUGGAGAAAGAACUAAAAGCCAAUAAAGAAGGUUUAACUCAACAACAAAAAGAACAGGAAAAUUUACUAAAAACCCACUUGGAAUCACUGA